UUUUUUUUCCUUUCAGUUACUUCCUUUUAUUUUCUACUCACUGCACCUAGUAUUUCAUUGAUUUUCGAUUGUAUCUGACCUUCUGUGUCCAGCAAACUUGCGCCUCCACUUGCUUGUAUGUGGAGGCUUUAAUCGGGAAUAAGCUCUAAAACGCGUUCCCUGCUUACAGAAAUAGAAACGACUUCCCCCUUCUGUCAUUCAUUCCGUCAUUCACAAUGAACAAUGAAGAGAUUGCCGAGCAUAUGUCUGAAGACGAGACCAUGCAUAAUCCAGAUGAGAAGCCAGAAGAGAAACUUACAAAGAAGGAUCAGGAUAAGCUCCUGAAGGCAGAGCGCAAGUUGCAGCGUGAACAGGAUCGUGCAUUGAUCCAGCAACAGAAAGAGAACUUUGAGAAGGACAUUGUCGAGAUGGACAAGGCCAAGCUCGUAGAUACCUCCAAUCGUAUUUCUUACCUCCUUGGGCAGACAGAACUUUUUAAACAUUUCAUUGAUUUGAAGAAGGCGAAGGACCCCGAGUUUGCCAAGCUGUUGGUAGAGCGAGGCGAAGAAUACAAGGAGAAAGUCAAAGCUCCCAAGGGAUCUCGUGCUGGUCGCAAGACCGAGAAGGAGGAAGAUCAGGAGCUGUUAAAAGAUGAAGAAAAUGAGAACGAUGAUAGUUCAUUUGUGUUCACGGAAUCACCUGCAUACAUCAAGAACGGUACGUUGCGGGAUUAUCAGAUCCAAGGACUUAACUGGAUGAUCUCACUUUUCAAGAACGGUAUCAAUGGAAUUCUAGCGGAUGAGAUGGGUCUGGGCAAAACGUUACAAACAAUCUCGUUUCUUGGAUAUCUAAAGCAUAUUGAGGGUAUUGCGGGACCACACCUGGUCAUUGUGCCGAAGUCAACCCUUUACAAUUGGAAGAGUGAAUUUAAUAAGUGGCUCCCGGAUUCAAAUGUCUUUUUGCUACAUGCUAACAAGGACGAACGUGCUGCUAUGAUUCAGUCACGCUUGCUUACACAAAAGUUUGAUGUUUGCUUGACGUCAUAUGACAUCUGCUUAUUGGAGAAGACACAUUUGAAGAAGUUUGCCUGGCAGUAUAUUGUCAUUGAUGAGGCCCAUCGCAUCAAAAACGAAAACUCGCAGUUAUCACAGAUCAUUCGCACCUUCAACUCAAGAAAUCGACUUUUGAUUACAGGGACACCUUUGCAAAACAAUCUUCAUGAGCUUUGGGCACUUCUUAACUUUUUGUUGCCAGAUGUUUUCAGCUCAGCAGAGGACUUUGAUGCUUGGUUUGAGACCCAAGGGGGAGACCAGGAUAAGGUUGUCCAGCAGUUGCAUAAGGUGUUGCGGCCCUUCUUGCUGCGUCGUAUCAAAUCCGAUGUUGAGAAGAGCUUGUUGCCCAAGAAAGAAAUCAACCUCUACGUUGGUCUAACGCCAAUGCAGCGCAAGUGGUAUCAGAGAAUUUUAGAGAAGGAUAUUGAUGCUGUCAAUGGAGCAGGUGCCAAUAAGAGAGAGGGAAAGACCAGGCUCUUGAAUAUCGUCAUGCAAUUGCGCAAGUGCUGUAAUCACCCAUACCUUUUUGAUGGCGCAGAGCCAGGGCCUCCUUAUACCACCGAUCAACACAUUAUUGACAAUGCAGGAAAGAUGAUUGUAUUGGACAAACUACUUAAACGCAUGAAAGAGCAAGGUUCCCGCGUGCUUCUCUUCAGUCAGAUGAGUCGCGUCCUCGAUAUCUUGGAGGAUUAUUGCGUCUUCCGUGGAUAUGAGUAUUGUCGUAUUGAUGGCCAAACCAACCAUGAGGAUCGUGUCACUGCUAUUGAUGAAUAUAACAAGCCCAAUAGCUCAAAGUUUAUUUUCCUACUUACAACUCGUGCUGGUGGUCUCGGUAUCAACUUGGUUACUGCCGACAUUGUUGUUCUUUAUGACAGUGAUUGGAAUCCUCAGGUUGAUCUGCAGGCCCAGGAUCGUGCUCAUCGUAUUGGCCAGAAGAAACAGGUGUAUGUCUUUAGAUUUGUGACGGAAAAUGGUAUUGAGGAGAAAGUAUUGGAGCGAGCAGCGCAAAAACUACGAUUGGAUCAACUUGUCAUUCAGCAAGGACGCAUGACUCAGCAGCAGAAGACUGCCAAUAAGGAUGAGUUGUUGACAAUGAUUCAACAUGGAGCUGCAGAUGUGUUUAAGAGCACGACGGAUAACUUUUACGAUCCUGAUAUUGAGCAGAUCCUCCGUCGCGGAGAGGAAAAGACAGCAGAGCUAAAUCAAAAAUAUUCAAACCUCGGAAUCGAGGAUUUAGCAAAAUUCACUAAUGCAGAAGGAAGUGCAUACGAUUGGCAAGGCGAAGACUGGAGUAACAAGAGAAAGGCCGAUGGAAGCUUGCUGUGGAUUACGCCUGCGAAACGUGAGCGCAAGGCCAACUAUGCAGUAGAUGAUUACUAUAGAGAUGCAUUGCGUGUUGCUCCAAAGGCUCCAUCGACAAAAGCGCCUCGACCCCCUAAAGCACUCAAUAUCCAGGACUUUCAAUUCUAUCCUGCUCGUCUCCACGAGUUACAGGAGAAGGAAGUGCUGUUUUAUCGCAAGUCGAUCGGAUAUCGCGUUCCAAAGGCCGUUGGAAGUGAGGCGGCCAAUAUGACAGAGGAAGAACUCGAGGAACAGCAGCAGAAUGAGCAGGCAUUGAUUGACGCUGCUGAGCCUUUAACUGAGGAGGAGAUUGCUGAAAAAGAAGAACUUUUACAGUCGGGCUUUGAAAAUUGGAGCAAACGUGAUUUUAUCUCAUUCUACAAAGCAUGUGAAAAGUAUGGGCGUAGUAAUCUCGCUGACAUUACAACUGAAAUUGAAGGAAAGACGCUUCAAGAAGUCAAGGCCUAUUCAAAAGUUUUUUGGAAACGUUAUACUGAAAUUGCAGAUUAUGAACGUAUUAUUACUGCUAUUGAAAAGGGUGAGAGCAAGCUUCAACGCCAGUCUGAUAUUCAGGAUCAACUUAGUGCAGUGGUUCAUCGUCAUCGGGUCCCGUUGCAGCAGCUUAAGAUCGCAUAUAAUCAAACGAAGACCAGGAACUAUACGGAAGAAGAGGAUCGGUUUUUGAUCAUUCAACUUGAGCGUCUUGGGUAUGGCACAGACGAUGUAUAUGACAAAAUUAGGGAUGAGAUUCGUAAGAGUCCUUUGUUCAGAUUCGAUUGGUUCCUAAAGAGUCGCACACCCUUGGAGCUACAGAGACGAUGUGCUUAUCUCAUUAAAUGUUUAAUCUCGGACGAGAAACCAGACGAGCCUGUCAAGGGAGUGAAGAAAGAAGAAACGCCUGUUAAAAAGACGAAAGGAGGAGCAACAUCAUCGAGCAGAGCAUCACCAGCGUCAUCUCUCAAAGCCUCGCCUGCAACAUCCAGAAAGGGAUCCCCAGCAGUUUCAGGGAAGGCAUCUCGCAAGGGAUCACCAGAAAGCUCAAGUUCGCGUUCGAGUAGGCGAAAAUAGAUGAGACAAGUCCCUUCCAAGGUUAUAUGCUUUUUUUCUUUUUUCUUUUCCUUCCUUCAUUUAUAGUCUCUUUCUUUGUACUGGAUGGAUCUUGCCGUCGCUAACUGCGACUACUCAUUCAUUUUCUCACUCUCUGAUUAUAACUACUUGUACUUGAGUUAAUAGAAGGAAAAAAAUCUACG